UUAAUGACACAAUAAACCUUUUUAUGGUUUCAUCUUCUGCUACUGCUUCUGCGUUUUUAAUUCCUAUUUUAAUUACUAUUAUGAUGGAGGAGAUUAAUGAUACAAUUUGUAGAGCUUAUAUGAUUUUUCUAUGUUUGUUUAUAUUAUCCUUCCAUGUAUUUGCGAUAUUUAAUUUUAUUAGUAGUAGUAUUUUAACACAAAUUCUUGCCGCAUCAUCUUUUGCUGCUGUUAUAGUUGAUAUAUUUAUAUGGUCAAUAAAAAUAGACAAUAAAAAUAUAGAAGCAGUUGCGGAAGAUGAAACCGUUAAAAGUUUUACCAUAUCACUAACUCUAACAAAUAUAAAUAAUAAAGUUGCUAUGGAGGACAUCAUUAAAAAUGUAAACGAACCUAAAAGAAAUAAGCAAGCCACAUUGUCAGAUAAAUCUUCUGACGCAAAUAUUUUCUGA